GGGCCCCGCGCGGUCCCUCCACUCCCAGCCGCUAUGGCGCCGCCGGAGCGCGCCGUGCUGUGCCUCUUCGACGUGGACGGGACCCUCACGGCGCCGCGGCAGAAAAUCACGGCGGAAAUGGCAGAGUUCCUGCAGAGGUUGCGUCAGAAGGUGAAGGUGGGCGUUGUCGGGGGCUCCGACUUCGAGAAGAUCAAAGAGCAGCUCGGCGACGACGUGGUUGAGAAGUUUGACUACGUGUUUCCAGAGAACGGCCUGGUGGCAUACAAAGAUGGGAAGUUCUUCAGCAAGCAGAACAUUCAGAGUCACCUGGGUGAGGAUGUGCUUCAAGAUCUCAUCAACUACUGCCUGAGUUACAUUGCAAAGAUUAAACUGCCAAAAAAAAGAGGCACUUUUAUUGAAUUCCGCAAUGGGAUGUUAAAUGUAUCUCCCAUUGGAAGGAGCUGUAGCCAGGAGGAACGAAUUGAGUUCUAUGAACUUGAUAAGAAGGAGCACAUAAGAGAAAAAUUUGUAGCUGAUUUACGAAGAGAAUUUGCAGGAAAAGGCCUCACAUUUUCUAUAGGAGGCCAGAUAAGCUUUGAUGUGUUCCCAGAUGGCUGGGACAAGAGGUACUGCUUAGGAAUCAUUGCAGAAGAUGGGUACAAGACUAUUUAUUUCUUUGGAGAUAAGACUAUGCCAGGUGGCAACGAUUAUGAAAUUUUCACAGACUCCAGAACCGAAGGCCACAGCGUUACGUCCCCGCAGGAUACAAGAAGAAUCUGUGAAGAGCUGUUUUUUUAAUUAAAAGACUUUCUUUUAGACUUCACAUUUACAAAAUGGUUAAGACAGCGUAACAAUUCAAAGGGAACGGUUUUAACUGAAGAGAACCUUGGUGACUGGUUAAUAGAGCAGAGCUCACUUAGGACCAUCCUUUCAUGGUUUCUAUUAGCAGAAGUAUUUUUUGGUUAGUUGUGGUUUUGUUCUGUUUGUUUGUUUGUUUUUUUAAAGUCAUCAGCCCAAAUGACUUUAGUGUGUCUCAUGUGUUUCCCCGUGGAGCAUUACUUUGGGAACAGUAAUUCAUUUCACUUAGAAAAGUAGACAUUUCUGGCCAGGUUAACCUGCAGAACUUGAUUCCUCAUGUCUUUGUGCUUGAAGUCACAGGAGCUACUGGAAAAUAAAGGGGUGGUACUGUUGCAUUGAUGCAUUGUUUCACCUGACAGUAUGUUUUGUAAAUCUGUGCAGGGAAAAAUGAAUUUAAUUUUUCAUCUUUUUUCCUUCUUUCCCUCUCUUUACACUAACUAGUAACAUUCCUUCGCUAAUUAAUUAUGUUGCACUUCCUCCUCAUCCCCCCCAUUAAUCUGCCUGUUGUUGAUUUAUGGCCUUAAAGUUGGCCUGCAAGGCAUUUAUGCCUUGUUUUGGUUUUGAAGCUGCUAUUUAAAAUAAGCAUUUUGAAGGCUUUUUAAAAACAUACAUAAAUAACCUUGUGCUGUGAAGACAUGAAUUUUACGACACCAGAGUAAAAGGUAUGUUUUACUAUUUAUUUUUUUUUCCUUGGGGGUGGGAAGGCAGAACUGAGCCUGAAGUUCUCUGACCUCACUCAUGUUCCAGUGCACAGUCAGCAGGUGUGGAGCCUGCCACCAUUAGGAGGGCUGGGCCACCUGAUGCUGGUUACCUCCUCACCACAGCCUGCACUGCCAAUGCGCUGUAUGGUGAAUGGACCCUAUGCUUUUUGCAGACUAUUUUAAAUCUAUGGGGAAAUGAAGAAGCCCAAUAUUAAAAUAACUUGAGUGCAGCAACAAAAUACGAUUUUGCCACUUAUUACACUAUUCCUGGUAAGAAUACGGGUGAGAUUUUUUUUAGUGCUACAAUAAAUGAUGUAUGUUUAUAUAUAAUUGAAGCAUGGCAAUCAGAGUAACUGCUAAUACUACUUCUCCCAUCUGGCAUUUGGAAAUUAAUCUCUUCUGGCAAUGGUUUAGUUGGGAAAAAGAGAAUAAAAAUCUCAUCAUGAAAAAAUUCUAACAGUCUGUCAUUUUGGCAAAUAAAUUAUUUUAAGCAGA